GGUCUCAGAACUCGAUUCGACCAUGAGAAUCGAUAGACUUCACCGAUUGAAGAUGCGUACGUAUACGCCAUAGUGAGAUGUGUCGAACAGGAGUGUUUUUUAUGAUAAGUGGCAUACCGGCGUCAAUCUAGCUAUCCCGACGAAGUUCAGCUACCUAAAGAUUUGCGUGUCAAAACUUUAGAAGAUACGUUUCCUGGGUGUUGUGUAGUUCUCUGUGAGAUGCGAAACUAGUUUUAUUUUUGUUAAAAAUGGGCGAUGAUUGGAACAUCCUUAAAAGGGCUUUCCAUGUUGACGAUAUUCCAGAAGACUUUGAUCCUUCUACAGACCCAGUUGACGGGGUGCAUUAUUUGCAGCAGGUUCGUUGGGAAGCUUCGCAAUGUGCCCCCGUUGUGACUGCAGUUAUUGAUGAGGAGAAACGGAAGAUCAGAGGUGUUGUCAAUGUACUGCCUGAGUGUGAGAAGAUCCCUCCACAAUUCUUGCCAGAUUUGGAAUGGCAACAGCUACAAGUUGCGCACUUUUCAGCAGUGAGAGAGAGAGUAUCAAAAUACAGGAACAGAGAUCCACCACAAACCAGCAAUACGCAAGAAAGUGUACCAGAAAUAGGCGACGAGGAAGCUUGGUACGCUAUCUGUGUAGAAUACAAAAUACCUCCGUUAUUGAGUGUCGUUUUGCCAUUGCCGCAACUUCUGAUAGAGUGGCUGUUGCAGUGCAACGCGGAAUGGUUAUCGAAUUCGGAACAUCUGUCCAAGAAUCAAGGAAGGUGGGUGUAUGCUUUAAUGGCAUGCAUAGAGUUGCCACUCACUCCAGAAAGUUGCAGCAGUCUUCGCGCGAUAGCGCGAGAAUGUGCAAGAAUUCGUGCUUGUGAAGUAAGUCAUACUGAAGAGCCUGCAGUAACAUCACUAAAUCUUUUCAUCUGUUUAGUUGCCAAAUACUUCCAGCAAUCGGAUCUUGCAGACGUAGUAAUUGAAUAAAAAUUUACUGUAAUUUGCACACGUUUCCAAAACUAAAAGUGAACUUCAGUGUAAAUAAAGAGGAAAAGUGUUAUUCAGACAAGAGUCUACAUUGCAAGUGAAGAUAUUUGUAAAUCGGAACGUUUUUUUCUAUUGGCGUGUAAUAAGGUGUACAGGUGCCAGUCAUAGUCGUUACUGCUGAUUUAUUGCGAAGCUAGCUGUACUAAAUUUUGAAAGGAAGCACUCUGUGCAUUCAUAUAAAGUGCGAUCCCAACCGAGACAUAUGACAUUUGGAGUUGAGUACUGCUGAUAUUGUAACAAAUUUAAGCACUGAACUGUUAUACGCCCCGUUUUAAGUGGCAAAUAUCAUUAUUAGUUUAGCCGGUCAUUGUAGAUAUUUUUCAAUAACUUGUUGUUGUGAUCGUUUUUAUGUAAUGAGACGUUGUGGUUAAUGUAAUGUGCAAUGCAAUGCAUUUGAUGAUCCAGUUUUAUCAUGACAAGAGAGUGCUUGAGUUUUAAAUCUUAGGGGACUCAGUAAAUGAAUACUAUCGUGUUUGCCAGUUCCCCUUGCAACCAUGUAUGUUAUUUUGUGCCCAGCAUAAUAUAGUGUCUUAUGAAAGGAAGUGAGCAGCUCUCUUAAUUUUCCAUAUUAAUAUGAGUUUGUCAGGGCAAGUAUACAUACUAUUUUUGUUGGAUUGCAGCAUUGGUAAUUAGAGAUACCAAUUAAUUUUAUGCUCACCACACUUCAUUUUAUACAGAGCCCAUGUUAUUAAAUGGGUUCUGGGAACAAAGCAAAUUUUCAUUGUAAAUUUCAGGGAUAUUGUGACUAUGACAGAUUGGUAUUUACUCUGCCACUUCACUCAUAAUAAAAUGUGUUAUAUGGCUGUUAACCAGAAACUGACCAAGUUGCUGCUGGCUGGAUGAAGCUCAGAUUGGUGCUGUGCCAGUUGCUGGUAUUUGGAGAUAGGUGUAUUCGUGUCAUGACGUAAACUACAUAGGAAGGAGAAAGAUAAAUGAGCUGGACUGAUUGCUAAAAAUAUAGGAGGUUGGGGCACUGUCACCAGUGAUAGAAUCCCUGUGAUUAUAGGUGGGAGAGGUUUAAAUACUUCAGUUAGACAGGCUGCUGCAAAAGAGAUCCAGAUAAAUUGUCAUACUCAAAAGUAACUGCACUGUUUUACAUCAUAAUGUAAAAUGGACAAAAAAGUUAAACUUUCUAUCUGUUAAAAUGAUUUAGAACGUCAAAAGGAAGGUGAUAUAUUAUAUUAUAUUACAUGUGUCUGGACACCAUGUAAAUACAGGAAUCUGUAUUGUAAACAUUGAAGACAAACAAUUAGCAAGCUGUUUUUGUUGGUAAAAUAUGGACAAAAGAGAAAUCACAAUGAACAUAAAAUCAGGCUCAAAUAUAAUGGUAGCAGUGGUUUUUGGUUAGAUCAAAAUUUGGAAGCCCAUGCUUCUUAUUUGCUACUACCAGAAAAGUCAUUUAUAGUUGUUUAUUAGUUUCAUGUUCCAUGGAUCUUUUGCACAAUAAAUUUUAAUGAUGUGGGAUGGUCCAUUUUACAUUCACAUUGCAAAUUAACUUGUAAAUAUGGCAACAUGCUUAGCAUUUAUAAAGUUUUGUUUUAUUUAUAGAAAAAAAAUUCAGAGUUUGUAAUUUCUACCUACCGCCUUUUAGUACAUUACAACAGUAGACAUUCUUCUACAUAAUAGGAGUUUGUUUUAAACUUUUACUUGCUGUCUGUCAGGAAUUUUACAUCACUGCCUAAAUUAUAAAAAAUAUUUAAUUGCAGCAUUAUGCACCCCUUUUUGUGUUAAAGGCAGUUUUUAUGUGGAGAAAUAAAUGUCAUUUUCCCUUCUGGUAUUUUAA